UCAGGAGAUUCAGCCGUGCAUGGCAUCGUCAUCCUCACAUAAAGCCUUGUGAACUCAACGUCAAGGAUUUUAGUUCAAGUUAGUCCGUCACAGAGGAAGACGGUUUCAAAUUGCUCAGUAAAUAAGGAAGAAUUGAGAGGAGUUGCCAUCAUGGCAUGGUUUUUUACGGCUGCCUUGUCGCUCUUGGCAUUGAGCCAUGUAUCUGAAACUAAGUUGUCGCAAACUGAGAGCAUCAAAUUCGAGUUGUGCACUCCAAAUGACGACGAAAGGAUCUAUAAGCCUGAGUAUUUCGCGGAGGACAUCGAGAGGACCUCAAACAUCUCUUUGGCUGAUUACACCGGCAAGGUCUUGUUGGUGGUAAAUGUGGCCUCUUACUGAGGGUUUACCCCUCAAUACUAUACACUGAAUGCAUUGGUUGAUAAGUAUGGAAAGAACUCUGAUUUCCGGGUCCUGGCGUUCCCUUGCAAUCAAUUUGGGAAGCAGGAGCCUGGGGCCAAUGCCACUGAGAUUCUCAAUGGCAUGAAAUAUGUGAGACCUGGUCUCCAGCAAGGUUAUCCGUACGAGGCCAAGUUCCCUCUAACGUGGAAGGUGGAUGUCAAUGGAGACGACAACCAUCCACUUUUCGAUCAUCUUACGAAUGUUUGUCCACCUCCUUGGAAGCAAUUUUGGCCAAAGGAAAGCCUUUGGUGGAGUCCACUCAAUGCCAAGGAUAUCAAGUGGAACUUUGAAAAGUUCCUCAUUCGCAAGAACGGACUGCCCUACAAACGGUACCAUUCUAAUACGGAUCCACUACAGUUGAUCCCAGAUAUUGAUGAGCUCCUAGAGGAGAGUUAUGAAGAGGAAUCUGUCACUACUGAAACCAACUUGUUUCCCACCAACAGCUUCUAGGACGCCCGUGAACAAUAGAGUAUUUAAAUGAUAUGUAUUUUUGCAUCUCAAUAACUUGAGUAUUGAGGAUCAUGAUCCUUCAUCCAAGCAGAAACUACAAUGAAACCGUAGCUCUUAAAUCAUCACACAUGGGUGAGCACGGAGGAUGAUAGUUCAGUCGGAAGUCUGUGGGGAUUCAAUUUGCAUUCAGUGGUUCCCACAGACCAAUGAUUGGCAACAGUCAAUGUUUGGUUGGAGUCAUGAUUACCGGAUACAAUAAAGUCAAUAUACCCAAUUAAAUCAGG